UUUGGGUUUUAAUGGCGACCAUCGGGCCGUGCUAAAAAAAACAACAUCAGAAAUAGGAAUCCACUGACAUAAAGUUUUGUAAAAAGUAAAAAAACACUUAAAUUUGAUGGUCAAAAGUCAAAAAAUAAAAUUUUCGUUAAUUUAUUGGCUUAUAUGUUUCGCGGGUGUCAGCUACUCUGCCACCAUCCGACCAACAACAUGGGCUUGCAUACUUUUGUCGUUAUCGCCUACCGAGUUUGGAGUUUCAUAUGCUACUGCGUACGCAGGCAGAUGAGAACGGUCAUUCAGCAUCAAACAGUCAAGUACCCACUUAUGCCUGUCUCCUACAUACACAGAAACAGAUUAAAUCGAGUAAAAAGAAAAACUUUGGUGUUAGAUUUGGAUGAAACGUUAAUACAUUCUCACCACGAUGGUAUAUUGAGGCCAACAGUCAAACCUGGCACUCCACCCGAUUUCAUUCUUAAGGUCGUCAUCGACAGGCACCCUGUCAGGUUCUUUGUGCACAAACGACCCCACGUUGAUUUUUUUCUUGAUGUCGUGAGUCAGUGGUAUGACCUGGUUGUCUUCACAGCCAGUAUGGAGAUAUAUGGUUCGGCCGUGGCUGACAAGUUGGACAAGAACAGGGGCAUCCUUAAGAGGAGGUUCUUUAGGCAGCACUGUCAGUUGGAAUAUGUUAGUUACACAAAAGAUUUGUUGGUAGUGAACAACGACCUCACUAGUGUUUUUAUCAUGGAUAAUUCGCCUGGAGCUUACAAAUCCUUCCCAGACAAUGCCGUGCCGAUACAAUCAUGGUUCCAGGACCCUCGAGAUACAGCACUACUAAACAUACUUCCGGUGUUGGAUGCUUUAAGGUUCGUCUCCGAUGUCAGGUCCAUAUUGAAGAGGAAUCUGCACCUCCCUGCUAGCUGAUACAUCAUUCAUUAUUCUUCAUUAUUAUUGUUCAUUAGAAUUAUUUCUGUUCAAUAUUAUUAUGCAUUGUUUUGUUUUGUGUAAUUAUUGUUGUCUGUGUAACUCUAACAGCUCGUUUGAAAAAGUUUAUUAUUUAGUAGAUUGCAGUCAUCGUUCGGCUGUCAUCGCCGUGGUCCUCAUCAACGUCAUCAGUCGUGGCGCUGAUGUGCAUUAUGAUUUAUUAACUUAUUGAAUGUUAAUAAUGAUAAUUUAAUAAUUGGCGUUGAUGUUAUGAUUGCUACUUUUAUUGUAAUUAUUAUUAUGAUUAUUAUUGUUAGUUUUGUUUUUACAGGCUAUAUUCUUUUACAGUUUAUUUAGCUACAUUAAAGUUUGUUGCGGAAUGUUAAUAUUACUUCAGACUGGUUAUU